UUAACGUCAACUUGAGUAUAACGCGCUUAAGGUCGGCUUAUUUGGUGCUAAAUACAAAGUAUUAAAAUUUGGUAGUAGUACUAAGGGAAAAAAAGAGUGAUCAAAACUAAAUAAAAAUAAUAAUUCCUAAAACUUAUGUAAAAACUAAAGUGAAUAAACAUAAACAGCAAUUGCAAAUAAAAAAUAAUAAACCAAAAAAAAAAAAAAACAAAAAUAAAAAAUAGUGUGUUUAGGAAGUGAGUUUUUAAAUUAAAUAUUGACAUACAACAUUUUUUUUACAAUUAAGUGUUAAUAGCUUAAAUACACGCAUCUUUUUCGAAAAAAGCUGGAUAAAGAAAUGACUUUGAGAAAUUAAAAAAAAAACACACACACACACAAAAAUCAAGCGUUAAGCAUUCAUAAGUUUAAAUAAAAUAUUUAACUAUUUUUCAAUAUUUAUUUAGUUAAAUUUUUACAUAAAUUAACUAAAAACAAUUGCAUUAUUAUAAUUGUGAAUAUACCUCAGAGAAAAAAAUUAAACUAUCUUAACUGCUAGAGAUACUAGAUUUUUCCCCGACUUUUGUUUACACGUUUAACAUUAUGGAAGUUCUACAUGCGGAGGGUGAAAGUGAUAAGUCCCAAGUGGCAGCCUGGUAUGCGGGGAAAAAUAUUUUUAUAACAGGUGCUACUGGUUUUAUGGGCAAGGUGUUGGUAGAAAAAUUACUGCGAAGUUGUCCCGAUAUUAAGAAUAUAUAUUUGCUAAUACGAUCGAAACGUGGACAAACACCAGAAGUACGCAAAGAACAAUAUUUGAAAUGUGUGAUUUUCAACAAAAUUUUGGAGAGUAAUCCAGAUAUAGUGAAAAAAUUGCGCCUAAUUAAAGGCGAUGUAAUGGAAGAUAAACUUGGCAUGAGUGACGAGGAUCGCAAACAUUUAAUUGAUAAUACAGAUGUCAUAUUUCACUGUGCCGCCAACGUACGUUUUGAUCAACCAUUAAGGCCCAUGAUACAAAUGAAUGUUAUGGGAACAUUAAAAGUAUUAGAAUUGGCUAGGAAAAUGUUAAACUUAAAAGUAUUUGUACAUGUCUCAACAUCCUAUUGCCAGUGCAACGAAAGCAUUUUGGAAGAAAGAGCGUAUCCAGCACCGCAGAAUCCUUAUGAAAUUAUUGAAAUGUUAAAGACUAUGGAUGACAAAGCUUUAGCUGAAAUUACCCCUAAACUUUUAAAUGGACUGCCAAAUACUUAUGCUUACAGUAAAGCAUUAACUGAAGAUUUAAUUAGCAGAUAUGAACUUAAAUUACCGACUAUAAUUACUAGACCAUCAAUUGUUACUGCUGCAUUAAAAGAACCUCUCCCCGGAUGGAUUGAAGGCGUAAAUGGUCCAACAGGUCUUAUGAUAGGUGCCGCACGAGGUGUUAUACGUUCUAUGCAUUGCAAUCCAGAUUAUUCGUCAACUGUUAUACCAGUCGAUAAGGCCAUAAAUGGAAUGAUUGUUGCCGCUUACCAUCGUGCUCAACUGCCAACGAAAAAUGUCGAAUUUUGUAAUUUGUGCAUAAAUAGCAAGGCCCUUUAUUCGUGGGGAGAAUGUAUUGACACGGGAAAACGUCUUUUCUAUGAAACACCAUUGAGCUUUGGUCUCUGGUAUCCGGAUGGAUCGAUUAAAAAAAAUUAUUAUCAUCACAUGUUUUGUGUUAUAUUCUUUCACUAUUUACCAGCUUAUUUUAUAGAUUUUUUAUUACUGCUAAUGGGACGUAAACGUUUUUUAGUACGUGUACAAAACAAAAUAUCGACUGGUCUGGAACUGUUACAAUAUUACACAACGAAGGAAUGGGAGUUUAAGAGUGAAAAAUUCCAACAACUGCAAACGAAACUUAAUCGUAUAGAUCAGGAAAUUUUCGAUACCGACACCUCACAAGUAAAUUGGGAGGCUUAUAUACGCACCUAUAUAAUGGGUAUGCGCACUUAUAUAUUGGGCGAAAGUGAAGCCACCAUACCACAAGCGAAAAAGUUUUUACGUCGUCUAUAUAUCUUAGAUCGUUUAGUAACUUUUAUGUUUUAUGGUUUGAUAUUUUGGUUUUUGUGGACCCAUUUGGAUGGUUUUAUAGAAAGCAGUGAUGUUCUUAUACAGAAAACAUUGAAAACGAUUUAUAGUUAUAGUCAUAACAAAACAAUUGAAUUAUAAUUGUGAAUAACAUUCAAACAAAUUUAAUUUUAAACUCUUUUUUUCACAUGUUUAGGUUAAGUUAAUAAAAUAAUAAUAAUUUCUAUAAUAAAAAAAUAUAAGCCAACUUAUUACUUAAUUAAUAUA